UUAUAUGCGAAAAAAUGGGUAUGGCGGUUGUAGAACAGUAUGGAGUAAUACCUUGAAAUUUCCUGCUUUUUUAAAAAUUAAAAAAUCGAAAAAAAUAGAAUGGGAUACUCUUUCUGGUGCUAUUGUAGAUGAUGUAUUAGUUGUGUUCUGGAUGGAUAAUGGUCCCGUGAAUAUGUUAACAACCAUACAUGAAAUUUUAGGUGAAGAAUGUCGAAUAGAAAGAGAAAAGCGAUGA